UCACAAAAGUGAGAUAAUGACGUAGAAAACGUUUGACACGUGGACUUAUAAAAUCAUAUUAUAACUUUUCGUUUGAUUAUAAAAGUAGCAAUAAUAAAAUACCUCUUUCCCAACUCGAAAUCGAAUUCUCACAUUCAUUCCUCACUCUCACUCAUCAAUGGCUCAGACUGACUUGUUUGACUGGCUGAAGAAUGACAACCGUCGAUUUCUUCAUGUUGUUUACCGUGUUGGUGACCUUGAUCGCGCCAUCAAGUUUUAUACUCAAGCUCUGGGAAUGAAGCUUUUGAGACAAAGAGAUGUUCCUGAGGAGAAAUAUGCUAACGCUUUUGUUGGAUUUGGCGAUGAGAAAUCAUAUUAUUCUAUUGAAUUAACAUACAAUUAUGGAGUGAGUUCUUAUGAUGUUGGAGAUGGCUUUGGACAUUUUGGAAUUGCAACACAAGAUGUAUACAAAUUGGUUGAGCACAUUCGGGCUUUUGGAGGAAACAUCACUAGGGAGGCUGGUCCAAUUCAGGGCGGAACAACCAUUAUCGCCUUUGUGAAGGAUCCUGAUGGCUACACUUUUGCACUCAUCCAAAGAUCUGUGUUCGUUGAUCCAUUUGCUCAUAUCACGCUUCGUGUUGGUGAUUUAGAACGCGGCAUCAAGUUUUAUGAAAAGGCUUUGGGCUUGAAGGUGCUGAGGAAGGACGAUAAUCCUGAGAAAAAGUACACUGUUGUUGCACUUGGGUAUAAAGGGGAGGAAGAGUCAACUGUGUUGGAGUUGACAUAUAACUACGGUGUCACCGAGUACUCUAAGGGAAAUGGUUAUGCACAGAUUGCAAUUGGCACCGAUGAUGUAUACAAAAGCGCUGAGGUAGUAAACCUAGUCACGCAAGAGCUUGGAGGGAAGAUCACUCGGCAACCAGGACCGCUUCCCGGCCUUAACACAAAAAUUGUUGGGUUCGUUGACCCUGAAGGAUGGAAAACUGUGUUGGUUGACAAUGAAGAUUUCCUGAAGGAGCUGGAGUGAAAGAGAGCUAAGAAGAAAUAAUAAGUAACAGACCUAGGUAGUGGCACUAGGCUAAUGCUUUUGUAUGAAUAAAUAAUACUCCGUUGGUGAUCAUUAUGUUUACUUUCAUGUGGUUUUGUAAUCUAUUUUAAUGCACACUUAGACACCUCUUUUUCCAUGCUAUCUACUAUUAAUCUUCUGAUUUAUGAUUUGAAACAUACUGAGUUUCUUAUAGCAAUGUAACAUCAUUACAUCCAAAUUUAAAGGAAUGAGAUGAAAGCAUCUAUUCGUUA